AUGGAUGAUCAGAUGAUGGAGGAACAGAAACUUGUGGAAAAAGCCCUUCUUGGAGAAAUCGAGGGUCUCCAUCUUCAACAACGAAUGAAGCAGGAAGAUAUUCAUCGUGAGGAGUUAAUUUCAACGAUUAUGAAGUUUCGAAAGAAGGUUGGCGAACAAAAUGAGGAGAUUCAAGAUCUAAAGGACCAGGUUCUGAGAUAUCAGGAAGAGCUCACAGGACAAAAAUCCGAAGAAAACAACAUAGCCAGCAUUGUCAGCCAGAUGCAAGUGAAUGUGAACAGAACUUUUGCUGAGUCGGUAGAACGUCAAGUUUCUGCCGUUGAGGUGGAGUACGCUAGGAAACAGAUGGGCUAUCUAAGGCAGUUCCUGCCUGAUAACUUUACGAAGGCUGGAGGGGAUAAUGAUGCUGUGAUUUUGAAUGUGCUGUUCCCACGACUAUCAGCGAAGGCAAAAUUGUUAACAAAACUCAUGGCAGAACGGUUUCCUGGAGUGCCAGGAGGCACACGUCGAGAACAUGUCACUAAGUCGCACAAAGCUGAGCAGUGGGCUCAUUCUGCCAGAAUUGCUCAUAUCAUGAGUGCUCUCGUUGCUGUGUGUGGCCAGUUCGAGAGUGCACUUGGGAACAUUUCUUUGGAGGACUUAUCACGAUUGGCUCAGCUUCAACCGGAAAUGACCUCACAAGAAAGAGUUAUCGAUGGAUACUUAGAGUUACUAAGGCAAGCUAGGCUAGAUGCAGAAACUUCUCUAGAGAAUAUGGACAAAGUUGUUACAUACUUUCAGAAUGUUUUGUCAGUAAAUGUCAGUGCCGAUAGCUAUAACACUUGUGCUUGGGUUCAAAGCGUUUACCAACAAAUCAUGACUGGUAUCACGUGGUGUAAAGUAAAUAUGCAGAGGCUUUCCUACUAUCUGAAGCCUGGUCAGGAAGAGUGUGAUUUUGCGGAUUUUGUGAGAACAUUCGGUAAUGAGCUGGCUCAAUGUGAGCAGUUAGCUAUAAAAGGUGGAAAAGCCGUCCCCACUGAUAAACAGCUGAAGCUGACACCACAGGCGAGCGAUGAUAUUCAGUCCGCACUUUUACUUUUACACAAGAUUGCAUCUAUUCUUAAUGAAACCUGUGGAAUAGCAAGUGUUCAAAUCAACAUAAAUCCAGGUGAGAGCGCAAGUUUCUAGUU